AUGAGUAAACAGCAGGAACUGUAUGAGCAGUUAUGCCAGCAACUACGUCAAGCUUUACGUGAAAAGAAGCGUCAAGAACAGGCGUGGGACCAGCCUCAACAGGAAAUAUUUGAUAAAGAGACUGAAUAUCUAUCUGGCAAUCCUUCUAGCAAAUAUGGGACAAUUGUGAAAGGUUUUGAUGGAUUUGGAAAGCAUGCUUCACAAGAUAGCCACUCAUUUCAAGAUCAAGAUAGGGUAUUCUCGUUAAGUAGCGCGCUUUUUAUUAAACAACAAGAGGGCGUUCAAGACGAAGAGUAA